CAUAUAAAUUCAACCCAAACACCCCUCAUUUAAUCAUAACAUAUCUUCUAAACUUUUCUUCAUCUUCAAAUAUUUUCUAAGUGUUCUUUCUUUUUACUAACAACCAUGGUUUGUACCAAAAUACUUGUAGCACUUUCACUUUGCCUCAUGGUGUUUUCCACCAUGGGGCAAAUCUCACAGAAGAGGCUGAGCUACCAAGCUCAGCAAUGCCGCCUUAACCGGCUCACGUCGAGCGAGCCGAGCCGUAGGGUUGAGUGUGAAGGAGGGUUGAUUGAGAUGUGGGAUGAUAAUGAGGAACAAUUCCAAUGUAGUGGUAUUCAUGCAAUGAGGCUUACUAUUCAACAAAAUUCCCUUUCUCUCCCUAACUUCCACCCUUUCCCUCGCCUCGUCUACAUCGAACGAGGUGAAGGAAUUAUGGGAAUAACCUUCCCAGGAUGCCCAGAGACUUAUGACUCAUCAGGUAGGAGGCAACCCGAGACCCGUGCCCAAUUCGGGCUCCGUGGGCAAGAAGGGAUCCGUGGGCAAGAAGAGAUCCGUGGGCAGGAAGGGAUCCGUGGGCAAGAAGGGAUCCGAGGAGAUGAACAGAGACAAUCGGGUCAGAAAGAUCUCCACCAGAAAGUUCACCGUUUCCGACGUGGCGACAUCGUGGCGAUCCCACCCGGUGCCGUACACUGGUGUUACAAUGACGGUAACGAGGAAGUCGUUACCGUCAUUGUUGAUGACCUAAACAACCCAUCUAACCAACUUGACCAAAACUUCAGGGCAUUCCACUUAGCAGGUGGAUCACAAGGCUCAUCCCAAAGAGGAAUUAGAGGCCAAUCAGGGCAGCAACAACAAACCCAAAGCGUCUUCAACGCCUUCGACUCCCAACUCCUAGCCGAGGCGUUCGACGUGCCAGAAGACUUGAUCAGAAGGGUGCAAGAAAACGAGAACCGCGGCCUCAUUAUUAAGGUCGAGAGAGGCGAGAUGAGAGUCCUUAGCCCCGAAAGCGAGCAGGAUUACGACGAAGAUAGGAGGAGGCAGUAUAUGGGACUUGAUGUUAAUGGUAUCGAAGAAAGUAUUUGCACCAUGAGGCUUCGUCACAGUCUUGAUAACCGUAGGGAGGCUGAUGUUCACUCUCGACAUGGUGGAAGGCUUAACAUUGUUAAUGAGCAUAAGUUGCCUAUUCUUCAGUACUUGGAUAUGAGUGCCGAGAAAGGAAACAUGUUCCCGAACACAAUCUACUCCCCACACUGGGCAGUGAACAGCCACAGCAUCAUCUACGUGACCCGCGGCGAGGCCCACAUCCAGGUCGUCGGCCACGACGGGCAGAGCGUGAUGGACGACCGAGUUAACGAAGGCGAGAUGUUCGUGAUCCCACAAUACUUUGCAGUAACCGCAAAGGCAGGAAACAAUGGGUUCGAGUAUGUAUCCUUCAAAACAACCUCUAGCCCGAUGAAAAGCCCGAUGGUAGGGUAUACCUCUGUUUUUAGGGCAAUGCCACUCCAAGUUUUAACCAAUGCUUACCAAAUCUCACCUUCGGAAGCUCAAGAACUUAAGUAUAAUAGGGAACACCAGACCAUCUUCCUCCCUUCAAGGGGUGGACAGAGUAAGAGGAUUUUAAGCGAAGAAAUGGCGUAAGUUUAUGCUAUGAAAACGAGGUCGAAAAUGGUGGAUUUCCCUUGUUUUUAGUUUAGUGUAGUGUACUAUGUACUAUCUUUUCUUACUGUUGGUUUUUGUGCUUCUCACUUUUUAUGAUGCAAUGUUAAUAAAUUUUGGUUCUUUCUCUUUCUUCUUUACAUUUCUAGGUUACCGUUCUAUAGUUAGCCAUAUAGAUUCACAUAGAUUUGAAAAUCAACCCAUUGUAACUAUUGUGUAGUGAAAAACAACAACA